AGGAAGAGGAAGAGGAAAAUAAACAUCACAUAUGAGGCUCGAAGGGGGAGGAGGAGGGGGAGGGGCAGUGUCCAGCUUCUCCACGGAACCAGCAGCAGAAGAAGAAGAAAAAUAAAAGGUAAGAAAACACUGCAGCGCGGUGCUAACGGGGCCGCGCGGCUGUGUGCGUCGGUCACUCGACUUUUAGCCGAUGAAAGGAAGGCGCGAGGACACGGCACAGACAUGGGCGAGGCUCAGUCGACGUCAGCGAUGCUUCACCAUCGGGACCAACCUCUGAACUCGGCCUACGGAGGCAAAGGAGGCUCCAGCGAGGGCUCCUCCUCCUCGCUGCGAAACAGGAAGUGUGACAAAGACGGCAACUUCAACUUCCUCCCGGGCAAAGACAACGAGGGCACCGCAGGGGGAGGGGACGAGAACCGAAACCCGGUGCGUCCCCGCAACUUGGGCCCGCUGGGCCGCGACCCACCGAACUCCUCCUCCUCCUCCUCUUCCUCUUCGUACUCCGCCUAUCACCACAACCCGGGGCUUCUGUCGCCGCGCUCCCGCCUGCCCUGCUGGAGCCGCCUGGAGCCCCUGCCAGAAAUCGAGUGCGGGGAUGACGGCUACGGCCGAGUGCCCCCCGAGGGAGCGGAGGAAGGCCGGCUGCAGGAGGAGGAGAGGAGGGUGAUGAUGAGCCACGUCGAGGAGAUGAAGAUGGAGACGCAGAGGAGGAAGAGCAGCAUGGGGAGGGAGGAAGAGGAAGACCUGGCGUUGCAGGAGGACGAAGACGAAUGGGGCGACAGCGACUCCGAGUCUGAGGUCAGCAACCGGUCCGGCGGCAGCGUGUCCUCCAUCACCAUGGACAGCGGUGGCGAAGGGAUGCUCAUGGGAGGCUGGGACCGCAUCGGGGUCGGGGAACCCAAAUCUAACCCCCAGGAGUGCGACCCGAGCAAAAACGGCAACCGAGAGCCAGCUGGGGGACGCCGGAGCCUGGGCCGCAAGUCGCUGACGGGGAGCAACCUGGGAAACCUUCUGGAGGAAGGCGGCGAGGACGAGGGCGCCGACAGGUCCUCGGACUCGGAAGGCGAGAUGCCCGAGCUGGUGGACGCUGUGUGGACGCUGCGAGACCGCGAGCGCUUCAAGGCCCAGGAGAUGGAGAAGCACCAGGUGCAGCUGACCAUGUACCGCCGUCUGGCGCUGAUCCGCUGGGUCCGCACCCUGCAGGGCCGCAUCCAGGAGCAGCAGAACCGCCUGCAGUCCAGCUUCGACGUCAUCCUCACGCAGAGGAAGGAGCUGCUGCGCAUGGGCGCCGCUGCCACCGUGGCCAACUCCGCGGCCCCCGUUGCCGUUGCCAGCCAAUCGUAGAGCGAGAGAGAGAGAGACAUGGGAGGAUCUGAAACAGGAAGUGGUUUCGUUUGCCAUUCUGAAGACAUUUCGCCUGAUUUAAAAAAAAACAUUUUUUAAAACAAGUCUCCCAUCGUCUUGUCAGACGUCUUUAAACUUCACACUCAUGUUGCUGAUUGUAAUGAUUUUCUUUUUCCUGGCGACCGGAGCAUCAAUAAGUGUAUCAAUCCCAAAAACCGGAACACUUAAUCGUGAGAUUAAUAUGCUUGUAUCUAAAAAAGAAUAUUCCGUCUGUACGCUGUUCUCGUUUGUCUUGACCUGUGCGUGAAGAAAAAAAACACUGUACCAAAAAAAAUAAGAGAAUAUUGUGUCGAUGUAACUGUUUGAGACGAUUUGUACUCUGAGGUCAUGCUGUGUAUAUAGAGAGAGAUGAAAGGUAAAGUCAAAGAAUAAAGCUAUAUGAUAUAUACG